UGUUCAAUAAAUUAUCCAAGAAUAAACAAAAAUAUGCUUGCAAAAGGAUUAGCAACCCAAUCUUUUUCUCAUUCAACAAUGGAGUUAGAACAUUAUUUCCUCUCUCUUACCACUUUUUUGACACUAUUGCUUCUCAUUCUCACUGUGAGGUACUUACCUAAGAAAAUAGCCAAAAACCAAAUUCUAAACUUGCCUCCAGGUCCAUGGAAAUUGCCUCUCAUAGGAAGCAUACACCAUUUAAUUACAAGCCAAUUACCUCACCAUACUCUAAGAGAGUUAGCCAAAAAGCACGGUCCAUUAAUGCACUUACAGCUCGGUGAGAUCUCUACGAUUGUUAUUUCUAGUCCUCGUGUAGCCCAAGAGGUAUUAAAAACUCAAGAUCUUGCGUUCACAAAUCGGCCUGAGCUUUUAAGUAUCAGGAUUUUGUGUUACAACUAUUCGAACAUAGCUUUUGCACCUUAUGGCAAUUACUGGAGACAAAUGCGUAAGUUGUGCACGUUGGAACUAUUGAGUGCCAAGAAGGUGCAAUCAUUUGCCACUAUUAGGGUGGAAGAAGCAUACAAUCUUGUUGAAUAUGUUAAAUCAAAAUCUGGAUCAAUUAUUAAUCUUACAGAAAAGAUGUAUGCUUUGGCAAAUGCUGUAAUUUGUAGAGCAGCAUUUGGGAAGAGGAGAAAAGAAGAAUCAGCAUAUUUCAUGUCUUUGAUAAAGGAAGUCUCUUUAAUGGUAACAGUUUUGGACAUAAGUGAGGUGUUUCCUUCUCUCAAAUUCUUGCAAACCAUUACUGGGACAAGCGCAAAAUUAGUGAAGCUUCACAAGAAGCUUGACAAGAUGCUUGAUAUGAUAAUAGAGGAGCACAAGGAGAAGCUGCAGCAAGUAAACAUGGAACUAAAGGAUGGUGAAGAAGAAUCAAUAAGAAAAGAGGAUUUGGUGAAUUUGCUAUUAAGACUCCAAGAAAGUGGCACUCUUGAAUUUCCCUUCAGUACAGACAAUAUCAAAGCAGUCAUAAUGGACAUGUUUUUAGCAGGGACUGAAACUUCAGCAACUGUUCUUGAUUGGGCAAUGUUCGAAAUGAUGAGAAACCCCAAAGUUAUGGAAAAUGCACAAUUGGAACUGAGAAGCAUCCUCAAGGGAAAGAACACAAUAUCAGAGUGAUUUGAAAGAAGUUAGCUACCUAAAAUUGAUAAUUAAAGAAACUCUGAGGUUACAUCUGUUUACACCGGAUUCGGAAAACUAAUUGAAUUUAUAAGUGGGUAUAGGAUAUGUGUUUGAAUCUCAACAAAUACCGUAAGGGAUAGAGUAUAUGGAAAU